UUGGGUUCGGGAGAGGGUUAAAGUAGCAGAGAGAGCUGGAGAAUGGGAAAGACUUAGUUUUCAUCUGAAAUUGUGUGUAUGUAUUUAAAGACAUAAUAAGAAACCCAAAUCUUUAAAAGCAGUCAGAAGGUGAAGAUGAGCAAGAAGCCCCCUAAUCGUCCAGGAAUCACCUUUGAGGUCGAUGCUCGUGUGGAAGCUCAGGACUACCUGCAAAAAUGGUAUCCUUCACGUAUUGAAAAGAUUGAUUAUGAGGAGGGGAAGGUGCUAGUCCACUUUGAUCGUUGGAGUCAUCGAUACGAUGAGUGGAUUUUUUGGGACAGCAGUCGGCUGCGUCCAUUUGAACGACCAGUACUGCGGAAAGAAGGACUUCAGGAGGAGGAGGAGGAACAGUCUGAGAGUCUCAGUGAGAUGAGAGCAUCUCGUCUCCGUGAGCAUCCUGGAGGUACAGCCAGCACUGAGGACCAAACAGAGUUACAGCAAUCAAAACAAGUUUUGAGAUCCGGAGAAGAAGUAUUAGCUCGCUGGACAGAUUGUCGCUACUACCCUGCUAAGGUAGAAUCAGUUAGCAAGGAAGGUACCUACACAGUACAGUUCUAUGAUGGAGUCAUUCGCUGUGUGAAAAGAAUGCAUAUCAAAUCAAUGCCUGAAGAUGCAAAAGGACAGAAGGAUUGGAUUGCCCUGGUCAAAGCAGCAACAGCUGCUGCCAAGAACAAGGGAGCCUGUAAACCUCGUACCAGCGCCAACAGCAAUAAAGACAAGGAGGAAAGGAGAGCAGGAAGGGCAUCGCCAGGGAAGGAGGGAGAAAGCGCUUUUCUGGAAGAGAUGCGGGGUGCACAGGAAGAAGAGGAAGAGCCUGGUCCCACUGAGAAAUUAGAUAACACGGAUGCUUCAGUAGAGGCAGAACCUAAGCAAGCCGCAGAGCAGCUUGAACCAGUAAAGGGAAAGAGGAAGAAAAGCAGCCAGGGCAGCUCGUUCCAAGCAAAGAGAGCUCGUCUUAACAAAAUCACAGGUCUACUAGUUUCAAAAGUUGCCAAUGAAGAUGAGCAUGAGAACAAAGAAGAAAGUGAAGUUCCUCAGAUAUCUGAAAAGGAACCUUCAGCAAGCACAGAAGAUCAAGAAAAACCUGACACAGAAGCCACCUGCUCUCCACCAACACAGAAAAAUGUUUUACCUUCUGCCACAUCUCCUUCCCCAGUGAAGUCUCGAAAUAGACUUCUGAAGCAUGAUUCGGGAGAGUCUACAGGCAGCCGUAAGCAGUCAAAGUCAUCCUGUACUGUGUCACAAGCGGAAGAGUCAACUCCCAUAGCUGAGUCUCCGUCUGCCCCCACUCUUACCCCUGCCCCCACCCCCAGCACUACAGACACCCCACAGAUGGCGCUUCCUCUACCUACCCCUGCCAGCCCUCCCAGACCCUCAGAACAAAUCCAACUACGAAGGCGAUCCCAGCGUUUGGCCACUUUUAUACCCGAUCCCUUCUGUGAACCGGUGCACUCCCUUCCUUCAGCCACUGAUGGAAAAAUGCUUGCCCAGAAACCACAGUCUCAACGGGACUUUCCUGUGCCUGAGGUUUUACAUACCACCUCUGUUGCUCCGGAGAAGCCUGAGCUAACCCUCGACCUCAGUAAAAGUGCGACAGUAACACCCCCACCACCAGCACCGCCUCUGCCACCCCCCCAGUCCCCUGAAACGGAGAAGGAAGAAUCUCCUCCCUCGAAAACGCCAGCUGAUGAAAAAACAGCUUCUUCUGCAACAGGUGCUGUUUUAAAAGUUGUUCCCAAGCCACAGAAACCAAACAAGCAUGCAAGAGAACCCAUAAUUAACACCAAAAAGCCAGAGGAUCCAUCAACCCCUAAGGAACCCCUGAUAGAUUUAGACCACAAUAAGUUCAAGUGUAAGAUUCCUGGCUGCUCCAAAGCCUUCCGGAAGGCCAAGCUGCUGGAUUACCAUCUGAAGUAUUACCACAGCAUGGACAAGGAGAUGGAGUCCGAGACUGGCUCUCCAGAGCGAGCGGUGCGCACUCGAGCAGCCUCUGCCUCUGUCCCUGAGUCCACUGCCCCAGAUAGUCAUGAUGCAAAGAGGCGGCGGACUGUGUCAACCUCAGCUUCCCUAUCACCUCACGUCCGUGCCUUACAAUUGGAGUCUCCUUUAAGUACUGGUCUGAAACCGUCAAAGUGCAGUAAGAAGAAGCACUCCUCCGCCUCGUUCAGCUCUGAUGGAACAGACGCUCAGUUUGCAGUGCUGCCCCGAGAGAAGGACUUCGAGAGUCUUCAUGAAACAAUACUGAAGAGAGUCAUUGAAAAGGACAAGCAUGCAGAACCUGGAAUAUUAAGAAGUGAAAAGAAAGUAAAACUUGAAGAAAAGAAUCAAUCAAUAGGUAAAAAGAAAGACAGGGAACGGAAAGAGAAAAAGGAAAAGGACCCUUUCAAAGUUAAACAGAAGAAGAAGAAAAAGAAGAAAAAGAAAUCAAAGCAACACAAUUAUUCAGAUUUUGAAGAUAUUUCGCUAGCCUUUUUGGAAAGGUGCUCCUCUCCAGUCACUCGUUCUUCUAGUAACUCCUUGGCUCAGCGCAAUACCUCCUCCUCCAAACACACCUCCUUCCAGUACCCUCGAGCCAUCCUAUCUGUGGACCUCACUGGGGAGAACCUCUCUGACAUUGAUUUCUUGGAAGACUCCUCAACUGAGAGCUUACUGCUAAGUGGGGAUGAGUAUAACCAGGAUUUUGAUUCCUUCAAUCUUGAGGAUUCUCAAGAUGAAGAUGACGCAGCCAGUGAAAUUGUGCGCUGCAUCUGUGAAAUGGAUGAGGAAAAUGGGUUUAUGAUUCAGUGUGAAGAAUGUAUGUGCUGGCAGCACAGUGUGUGUAUGGGAUUGUUGGAGGACAGCAUUCCAGAGCAGUACAUCUGUUAUGUCUGCAGGGACCCACCAGGCCAAAGGUGGAGUGCAAAGUAUCGUCAUGACAAAGACUGGCUAAAUAAAGGCCAUAUGUAUGGGCUGUCAUUUCUCAGCGAGAAUUACUCUCAUCAGAAUGCAAAGAACAUUGUCUCCACGCAUCGGCUGCUGGCUGACGUGUACAAUGUAAAAAAAGCACUUUGUGGACUACAGCUCAAGAUGGAUAUAUUGCAGAACAAACACAAUCCCAACUUGCACCUGUGGGCCCGAUCAUGGGGGAAUUCAGAUAAAGAGCAGCCAAUGGGAGGUUUUCCAGAGUGCAUACAUCACCAGGAAAGGAUAGCAGACUGUAUAAACCACAACUCUAACCAAAAAGCAGAAGACACCUAUAUCACUAGUGAGCACAGUUACCAGAAGCCACCAGGGUUUGGGCUGGAGCACAACACAGCCAUUGAUUUCAUGAGCUCCGACGGGGAAGAUGCUGUCAGGCUUGAGGAGGGGCCAGAGGCCAUGUCUGAAGUGGGCACAAACUCUGUGCCAAAAGAACAGGAAAGCACUGAAAAAGCUUCUUCGGAAGUUUUGAAUGAAAACACUACAGAUAAAGUGGAGUCAGGUGACCAGGCAAGGACUCUUUUGCAGUGGCAGGUAAACCUCCUGACCCACAUCGACGGUGUGCAGAACGAGGUCGCUGGAAGAAUGGAUCUGAUAGAAAAAGAACUAGAUGUAUUAGAAAGCUGGUUGGAUUUCACUGGGGAGUUAGAGCCACCUGAACCGCUGGCAAGAUUGCCUCAGCUGAAACGCAGGAUCAAACAACUCUUAACAGACCUUGGAAAAGUACAGCAAAUGAGUACACUCUGUUCUGUUUGAUUCCAGCAUGCAUCUGAAGCAAGGGGCCAUGAAAGAGCUACGUUGUCACAGUGCAAUGGACCCUUUAGUUUUCUCGCUUGAUGCUUUAAGUAAAAGCUGGGGGGGGGGGGGUUAGUUUGUGGCUUGUGAACUGUUGUUGUGAUUAGGAAAGAAUAUAACAGGAUUCAUUGGCCUGGCUGCACAAAGAUGAUUUUAUGAAAACAGACCACAUGGUCAUCUGUGGCUAACUUGCUAAAAGCGAGCUGUUGCUGAAUAAACAGAAAACUGGCAAGUGCUUGGACAUCACAUGAAGUGCAUCAUUGAAAUUGGUGCGUGCCACACACACUACAGUGGGUAUCGGCUCUAAUCACUUAUGUAUCAUACAGGGAGGGUAUAGUGGCUGUACAAUUACAAUAAUGUUGGAGCCACAUGAAUCUUGGACAAAUGUAGCUAAUCAAUAUAAGCUGGAGCCACAGAAUACCUAAUGGAGGUAGGAUACUGCUAUGAAGAAGUAAGUUCAGGCAACAAAGAUCUGUUUGUUGAAGACAUUGAAAAAGACUUCCAGUUUCUUUAAGUAUUUCUAGAUACAUGAAUAAGUGCAGGCUAUGACUAUAGAAGUAACUGAGUGGAACCCGUUCAGUGCCACAUAACGCCUAAUGGACGUAUGCUAAGGCCACAGCAGGAAACACAAUGGAAGUGGUGUAUGGGGCAGAGGAAAUGGGGCCCAGACAGCCUCAGCGAGAAACCAGUUCAAUAUUAAACAAAGCUGGUGUUUAACGUUCCAAUAGACUAUUGUUUGUUUUUUUUUUGGGGGGGGGGGUAUAGUUCAUAGGACUUUUUUUUUUUUUUUUUAUCCUGUAUUGUGCCAAGUGUAAUGAAUAGCAUACAUGCCAUUCUUGUGUCAUAUGGUUGGAGGGUGUUUUGAAAAAGUGUACAGUUUGCUAAUGAGGCUCUGAUAUACAGAGGUGCUGCGGGCAAUUUUUAUCUUUUUACACCCAGCAUAAUGCUUGGAAAAGAGUUGAAAGAACAAAAUACCCUCACUGCAGUAUAAAUGUAAACUGAAGCCUAGAAAGAUUCAGAGGAUAUUGUACCAUCAGCAGCCACCUAGUUUCAAUCCCAGGGCCUUCUGCAUGUUGGUGCUUACAGACUU